UGGCUCUUGAAGAUGACGCGAGCGUGUGCGCCUUGCGCGCGCACAUAAAAGAUGACCCGAGCUUCCAUGCGCGCUCACAAGCCUCCAGACAGCCAAUUGGUCACCCCGUGGAGGCUGCACUCUCAUCGGACUCUUUGCGGUGGGUCGUCACGUCGAGCCGCUACACUUUUUCUUGGUGAUCCUGGACGCUGGAAACUGGUUUUCGGGGUUGGGGGCGAGGGUGGGGGUGUCAGGUAUUUGGUCUGCGCGUGCGCGUGGCGGACGCCGAAAAGUGGGGGUUCACAAAUGAAAGUCGGGGGCGCGCUCGCCUCGCUCUCAGGUGCACACGACGCAGCUGAGGAUGCAGAAGUCACCCGUGGAAGAUGCCAAUUUCCUCUCCAGGUUCUUCUUCUGGUGGACGUCUCCGCUGCUCAGGAAGGGCUUCAAGAAGAAGUUGGACCUCACUGACGUUUAUAAAGCCCCUUCAUACGAUCUCGCUGGGAACCUCUCCGAGCGGCUCGAAAGAGAAUGGGACAGAGAGGUGGUCUCGGCCAAGAAAAAGCCCAGUCUGAUGCGAGCAUUGGCACGAUGCUUCCUCUGCCCCUUUGCCUUUUUUGGGGUCCUCCUCUACCUCGGGGAGGCCUCAAAGACUGUGCAGCCUCAGCUCCUGGGCCGCAUCAUCGCCUCCUUCGACCCCUUCCACGCGCCGGAGCGCAGCCAGGGCUACUUCCUGGCGCUUGGCCUCUGCCUGCUCUUCACUGCACGUUUCCUGCUUCUGCAGCCGGCCAUCUUUGGCCUGCAUCACCUGGGCAUGCAGAUUCGCAUCGCCCUCUUCAGCCUCAUCUACAAGAAGACACUGAAGUUGUCUAGUCGGGUCUUGGAUAAAAUUAGCACAAGUCAGCUUGUGAGUCUGAUGUCGGCCCACCUCAACAAGUUGGACGAGAGCCUUGGCCUGGCGCACUUUGUGUGGAUCACGCCCCUGCAGUGCAUCCUGUGCGUGGGUUUGAUCUGGGAACUGAUCGAGGUGAACGGCUUCUGCGCUCUGGCAGCUCUCACGCUGCUCGGCAUCGUCCAGGCCUGCCUCGCGCAGAAGAUGGGACCUCACCGGGUGAAGCGAGCGGGGAUGACCAACCGUCGUCUGGCGCUCACUUCGGAGAUCGUGGAGACCAUCCACUCAGUGAAGGCGUACGGCUGGGAGGAGGUGAUGGAGACCAUCAUCAAGAAUAUCCGACAGUAA